UUUGGCGCGACGACAUACAGUCCAGUAGCGGGCGGCCAAGCCGCACGAUCGCGCCAUUGUGGGCCGUCAGAAAACGAACAAAUUGAAAGUUUCGCUUGUGUUAUUUACAUUUUUGUUUGUUUUGGUGAAAGAAGGGACCGGUUUUUAUAGAAUUAAGUCUUUGAAAAACUUAAAAUAGAAUUAAAUAGAGUGUAGUUUUAGUGAGUUUAUGUAGUGCAAACGAAAUAUUUUUGGGACGGCGUCGCCCACGUUAAUAUUUUGCAUAAACAGUAGUACGCUGUACUAUAAUAAUGGAUGCAGAUAGAAAAAUAAACUUAUGCGAGGGGGUUCCUCUUAACUCACCAGGUGCGGCGAAUAUUUUUUUGAAUACUAGUAAUGAUAGAAAAGUUAAAGAUGGAACUGUGAUACAUUUAAAAACAGAGAAACCGGCAGACGUCGGAGUGCAUAUAAAUACGACUUUGUCGAUAGCGUCUUCCAAGAAAAUAAAACUUUUGUUCAUAAUGAACUUCUUGCUUAGCGUCGUGUGUAUGAUAAUUAGUUGUUCAGUGGCAUUUUACUACUGGAAUGAGAUGAUAUCAAUGAGGAAGCAAAUAGAGUUGGUGCGAGAACAGUUUCUAAUUCAGAACUUUAAAGACGGUGUAGUGGAAGAGGACAAACCGGUGCAUAGUGCUCUGGUGUCGAGGCUGCGGCCUCAAGUGCGAGUGGAGGGCCGUGAGCCGCGUAUGAACUUUGCCAAGGAAGACAUAUCACCAAAUGCCAGGAGGUACUAUGUUGAAGACCUUGGGGAGGACAUGUUGCUUGUUGACUCCAGCAAAAAAGACUCCAAAAAAGACAAGGCACCUGUUUAUGACAUGGCAGCAUUCCAAAAAGAGCCUCUGGUAGUUCACUUCAAUGGAGCAAUGAGAGAAGUCAAUAUGGGAUCUCAAGCAAUCGUUGGUCCAUGGUUACGAGACCUGGAGGUGUCCACCAAAGGAAGCGAAACUAAAAUAGAACUCAACACCAACUAUUUCGUCAUUCAGGAAUCAGGACUAUACUUCGUUUACACACAGAUCGUGUACUUAACACACGCGCCAAAUUGUUACUUCAUAUGGGCACGUCAGCCCAACCAGGAUCCUCGGCUACUGAGCACGUGCGCGACAGGCGACGACUCGAGCUCGCGCGCGCUCGAUCGUUCGCAGAUCUCAUGCGCCACGCACACGCUCGCCCGACUCUACAAAGGUGAUACAGUCAACAUCGCACAGAGAGAACAGAACAGAACGCUAUGGCUCCGUCCAGGAUUCACACACUUCGGAUUCAUUAAAAUUAGUUCCUAAAAGCUGUGAAAAGUGAUACUUACCGAAGUUAACUUAGUAACUUUUUACCCAAUUGUCUAUGGUAAAAUUAAAUUCCAUUGUGACCGCCUGUAGCCUAAACGAAUGAACCGAUUUUGAUAAUUUAGGUGUCAUUUGUUUUGUACUCUUGUCCUGAGUGUCAUAAAGGUACAGUCAUACGUUUUUUACGGUUUAUUAAUUAAUAAAUUGUUUUGUAAAUAAAUGUUCACUGCCAAUGGUGCAUCAAAAUGUUGCUAACAUAGUGCCAUAUUUGAUUUCGUUUGUAUAUUAGUUGCAUCACAAGCGAUUGUGUACUUAUAUUAAUUAUCAUAAUUAUAUGUCAAUAUUGGUACAUUUAGUUGAAAUUAUUGUCUAACAAUAAAAAGAUUUCAACUUAUUUGAUUUAUAAAAUGACAUUUGACUUUAUUAUUUGCUCAAAAGCAUUUACUGUAUUAAACUGGUUUUUAUUUGGCAUACUAAUAGAUGUACUGUGUAUUUACAUUAUGUUAUUGUAAAAGUCAAUUUAGGUUUAAAUUUCGUUUAAAUGUUGUAUACUGUUUAAUAAUGGUGCUGAUAGUUCGUUUAUCAUAUUAAGUAAUAAAGCCUACCGGAAUUUUUAGUCAGAAUUUAGUCUCGUAAGUAAAAGUUUGUUAUUAAAAAAGAGUAUAUUUUGUCUUCCAGUGCUCAUAAGUUUUAGUACAUUAUAAUUUUUUUCUGGAACUACAAAAACUUUUAUUUGUGCCUUUUUAAAAAGGCGAAGGAUAAAAAAUGACAUAUAAGUAUACAGUAGAAAUAAUAAAUAGCUUUAAUUUAUUGAGAAAAAAAUCAGCCAUUAUGUGGCUAUCAAAUUUUAUUUGUUUAUUAUACCCUGCAGUGCUACUUACUUGAUACAUGUAAGUUAGUCAUAAAAUUAGUGAUAUUUAUUUUAUAAUUUAGAAAUAUGUUUCAUAGUAUGUUACCGAUAAUAUUCAUUUUACAGUUGAAUAUUUCUCUAAAAAUCUGACAAAGUAAAACAUUUUUUGUAUUUUUCAACUUUCGUAAAGUAACCAUGUAUUAACCACAACAAAACUCUGCGAUAAGAACAUUUCGUUAUCUCUCUCAUUCUGCAUGUAAAACAUAACCUAUGUUACCUAACAUAGGUUUGUUAUUAGUUUUGUUUGUGAAAAACCAUGGAAUACAACAAAAUAAGUUCACUGAAAUGUGUAAUUUAACAAUAUAUCGAUUAAUUUAUCGAUAUUUUAAUCAAUAUUUAUGUGACAUGACAUUUAAUAAACAGAUGAAGAUGUUAUUCUGCAGUAAAGAAGAUUAGACUUCUUUAAUUGUUAUAAUAAUUUAGUAAUGAUAUUUAUGUAUUCUUAUGUUGUGUCAAUUGUAUGACAAUUGUAGGAUUAUUUACUUCGAUAUAAACUGUAAAUAUACAUGUCGGCAAUUAGUCCCGUCCGCCAAUAAAGUGCCUUAAACAUUUAAA